ACGUUUAAUAUGAUAUCUUUGUUGACAUAUUGAAUUAGCGAGGUAUUAAAAUUGAACCUUGGUUAAAAUACAUAACGACAGCUCUACAGAGUCAUAUUUCUCACAAUACAUUGUCGUAUAAAAGCGAAGACACUCGAAGUAACAAGUGGUUCAGUGGUUGACAUCAGGGUGGAUUGAUAUGAUUUCACCAACAAUGUGAUUUUGGUCAACAUCUGAGGUGUCUUGAAGCCAAAUUCUGUCUCUCUGAUGUCAGAACUGGUCCUGCACGAAGCAGCUGCCAGCGGUGACUACCAUGAGCUGGAAAGUCUGCUCUUGAUGGGCAGAAUUGAUGUAAAUUUCAAAGACGCUGAAUUUGGCGACAGAACUGCGCUGCACUGGGCAUCUUCCAGAGGCAACGCAAGCUGUAUCAAACUGCUUAUGGAAAACGACGCAGAUGCGACCGUGCGAAUGGCGGGAGGCUGGACGCCAGCUCACUGCGCCGCUGAAGAGGGGAAGCUGAACUCUCUGCGCGUGCUCCACGAACACGGGGCACCGCUAUGCCUGACGGAAAACACAGGGGACACCCCACGACGUGUUGCGGAAAUAUACGGACAUGAGGAAUGUGUCGAGUUUCUGAAAAGCGUGGAGAAAACAGACGAACAACGAAAGCUCUACAUAAAAGAUAAAAUUCUCAGCCAGGGAAGAAAAAUUAGCGAAGGAAAGAAAUCCGAACAAAGUCAGACAACUUAAACUGUAGAAAGUCUGGUCUAUUUGCCAGCCUGAAACGACCAAUGGCUUGUUGACAAAGUUUUUUAAGGAAUCGUUCCGGUAUCAACGGUGAUGCCUCCCUUUUUCGCUGGAAAAACUAGGAAACAAAGAUGGAGUAGAGACUGUAAUCUUGUAUCCAGGGCUAUUACCUGUUUCCCCUCCCUCUCUACCGCCUCCGACUCUUUUGGCGUGCUUCUGCAGCCUCUGUUAGCGAUUUACCAGCGUGAUACGUACAAUGUUUCCCGCCUAAAUAUACUGCAUGUAACAAAUUAUCAUUGAAAUAAAUUACUU